AAGGAUCCCGAUACGCCGUCUAUAUUCCCGCCACGGAUGCUGCCAGUGGGGCAUCAUUUACUCCAGUACUUUGUAUGUUGAUUGUAUAAAACUGAUUGCAUUGUAUUUGAUCAGGAUUCGAACAUCUGCAGUUCCAUGUGUCCAUUUUCAAACUUGUCAUGGCACUGUUUGGCAAUGUUCCGGCGACGAGCAUUUCAGUCCGUUGAAUUGUUGGAGUAUUUCUUGCUGCUUAGUUUUGCAAUAACUUUUCGUUGAUGUUUCUCUCCGUUUGUUAUACACGACCCACUGACGUGGUUCUGUAAAAGAUCUAACGGGCAAAUCUGUCGGUGAAAUUGCAACAUGGCGUCACAAACCCGGGAAGCAUUGUCUGGCGAUGCGUUUUCCCAACACAUACUGGGCAGUGGAAGAUCAUGACAAUCGGUGUUGGUAGUCCCACACCUUCUGCCCACCGCUCAUAACGCAAACUUACAUUGAAGUUUUUAACAGGUUCAAAAGCAAAGCGGAGGAGGUGCACCAAUAGUUAAGAUGUUUGGUAUUUGCACUCGAUAACGUCACCGCCCUUCAAACCGAUCGCCUGGUGUGAUUUGCUGUAGUGCAGAGGGAUCGUUUUACUCCAAGCAAAGUAGAGAAAAACAAAACAGGCGAGCGCUCCACACGUUGCCGGCGCCCCGGGGCUCACCAUGAACGUGAAGGUCCUGUUCGCUGUCUUGGCCGUAGCUCUGGUAGCGAUCAUCGCUCUCAACUGGAUCCUGCUGGUGGGGAUGUCGAGGUCGGCCGCGUGUCAGGUCCGAGACCCCGGCGAGCAGCUCAGUGAGAUGAUGGAGCAGCGGCGGCAGAAGGAGAUGUUUGCGGACCUCAAUUCCUUGGAGCUGAGGCAGGUGGUGCGCUACCUGGAGCAGAACCUGGCCGUGACCCUGGUGAACUGUAGCCAGGCAUUGCCGUCCCACAACUCCAUCUUCAUGGUCGAGCUACAACUUCCCCGCAAAGACGACGCCUUGAGGUUCUUGGACCAGGGGGGCGACCCGCCAAGGAGAGAGGCCAGGGCUGUGGUGGUCUUUGGUGCUCAGACUCGGCCCAAUGUAACCGAGUACACGGUGGGACCUCUCCCUGACCCGACCCACCAUGUGGAUGUCACCUCUCACACCUACAAGAGCCUCCACUUCAACUCCAGGCCUCUAACCUUUACUGAAUAUAAAACUAUCAUGUCAACUGUGGGCUUGGAGAAGGUUUUGGAACUACUCGAGGAAAGUUACGGCGCGGACGGGAUGCCCCCAAUAUAUUUAGACUCAUCCCCUCGCGGAUUUAAGUUGGGCGACAGGGAAACGUGGUUUUCCUCGUUGAAGAACCACAGCGAUUACUUUAUGCACCCUCUGGGGUUUGAGGUACUGGUGGACCACAGCAGCAACAACAUCUCGGAGUGGAAGGUGAGGAAAGUACUUUACAACGGCCAAUACUUUGACACUAUUGAUGAACUAGUGACUCAGUACAACAAGGGGUCUGUGCGGAAGAUCCAAAGGACGGAUUCGGACCCCAACUACGCCUCGCUGAGACCUCGCCAGAAGUUUCAAACCUACGGCCCCCUCCAGUUCGAGCCACAGGGACCAAGAUACCACGUUGUAAACAACCACGUUCGCUACUUUGACUGGGAGUUCGCGUUCCGCCACAGUCCCGUCAGCGGUUUACAGCUGUUUGAUAUCCGCUUCAGGAAGGAGCGGGUGGUCUACGAGUUGAGCGUCCAGGAGGUGAACUCCGUUUACGGCGGAGAGACGCCAGGUCUGAUGAGGACCAAGUUCUUGGACAGUCAUUAUGGAAUUGGGAAAAAUUCCAAUGAGCUGGUGAAAGGCGUGGACUGCCCUUACAGCGCCACUUUCCUCCACACUCUCCAUCUCAUGGAUAGCGACCAACCGCAGCGGAUCAGGAACUCCAUUUGUAUCUUUGAGCAAAAUCGGGAGAUUCCUCUGAGACGCCACUUCUCCAGCUGGUUCAUGACCCCAUCUUACGGCGCGUUACUGGAUAACGUGCUGGUUGUGCGAUCAGUGGCGACUGUGGGCAACUAUGAUUACAUCUUUAAUUUCGUCUUCCACAACAAUGGGGUGAUUGAGACCAAGGUGUCUCCCACGGGCUACGCUCUAACUUCAUUUACUUCCGAAGGGGCAACUCAGUACGGAGCAAAACUUGGAGAGAACGUUGUGGGCAACGUUCACACUCACUUCUUGCACUUCAAGGCUGACCUGGAUAUAUUAGGUACAUCUAACUCUUUUGAAACUAAAGAUGUGGAAUAUCAACUUAAAUCAGUCCCAUGGAAGCCUGACGAGAAGGUGCAUGUACCCAGUGUGAUAAGCAGGAUCUUAGAUACGGAGAAUGAAGCAGCCUUCAGAUCUGGAGCAAAAUUGCCCAAAUACCUGAACUUUGUCAAUUUGGCUCAGAAAAAUAAGUGGGGCUAUUAUCGAGGUUACAGGCUUCAGGUGGUGAGCUUCAAUCCUGACAGUGUGCCUGAAGACAGUCCAGAUGAAAAAGGCAUCUCCUGGCAAAGAUACCAGUUGGCAGUGACAAAGAGCAAAGAUAACGAGCGAAAGAGCAGCAGCAUCUACAAUCAGAACAGCAUGUGGAAACCACCUGUUUACUUUGCUGACUUCAUUAACAAUGAAAGCAUUAGGAAUGAGGACCUGGUGGCCUGGAUAACAGCUGGAUUCCUCCACAUUCCCCACGCAGAAGAUGUUCCAAACACUGCCACAUCUGGAAAUGAAAUAGGCUUCAUUCUGAAACCACUCAACUAUUUUAACCACGAUCCCUCUGUUUACUCUCAAGACGCUAUUUACAUCGAUCCAGCCAAUCCGGGAUGUGAGGAUAAUCCCAUAGCGUGUCUGUCUGACGUUGCAUCCUGUAGUCCAAACUUCCCAGAAUUUACCUACGGGGAAAACAAUGAACAUUAACUGAAUUGCGUUUAAUGUGACUCCAUUACAGUGAGUCCCAACCUCUCACUGACCACUACUUUCAACUAAGCAUUCUGAAAUAAUAAUUAUUAGAUCUAAUGGUCUGCAUGGAAUCUUUCCAGGCAGGAUAAAUAUCACAUCUCAUUUAUAGAGUUAUAGAGUCAUAGCCCAUUAUCAUCUAAACCUUUACUAUCCAUGUACUUGUAUAAAUAUGUUUUACGCAUUGUAAUUCCACCCAUCUCUACAGCUUAUACUCACCUUCCUUUGUAUGUAAGCGUUGCACCUCAGCGCUCUUCUAAACCUUUCCCCUCUCUCCUUAAACCUAUGGCCUCUAGUGUUAGACUCUCCUUCCCUGGGGAAAAGAUUGUGACCAUUCACCUUAUCUAUGUACCUCAUGAUUUUGUACACCUCUACUAUACAGGUCACCACUCAAGCUCUGUUGUUAUUUAGUUUGAAGGGUGGUGAUUAAUCUGAACAUGUCAUUAUGAAAUGACAGAGGAAGUGAGAGGGCAGUUUUUACAAAUACCAGUUGUUUCAGAAUUUUUUAAAUUUUAAUUGCCAGGGAAUCCUCCUAGGACUACUGUACCAGUGUAUAUAUUUAAAAUCUACCAAUUGAAAACA